GGUCAACUAUCGAGUUCGAUAAUAAGGUGGUUUGCCCGUUCUCAACGACGCCAUCGCCUCAUCAGCAAAUGACCCCAGUCCCCGCAUGAGCUUUAGGAACCCACUUACUGUUUGAGCCAAUCACUGUCCACAGAACUCGAUAGAAACCAAGUGCGGCGGCCGGAAGGUGCAGGUGCUCCAAUUUCUGCGGCGUCCUGGUCCUUCCAAAAAGGACACGUAGAGCUAGCUGUUGGGAGCCCAGCUUUGCAAGGAAUAAAUUCACCAACUUCAGAACCCAAGCUCUCCUCACGAAACUUCUCCUCUCCGUCGAGCUCUGGGAGCAAUCAUUCCUUCCGAAUAUCUCUCUCACCUGUCUCCACAGACAGUUCCUGACAUUUUGCAGGAUACGUAAGCUAGUUAUCAACAGCACAGCUUCCUGCCUCCGCACCUGCCUCGACCUUGUCAUUACGCCACGGUCACUACAUCCACCAUGAAGUUCGCAGCAACCGCUGCACUUGCUGCCAUCUUGGCUGGCAGUGCCGUUGCCGACGAUGCCCAAAAGGUUCUCAAGGACGAGGGCUCGACCGCAUCCAUUGUGGAAGAGUCAACCUCGGUCGCCUCUGCGAUCCCUACUUUUACUCCCACCAACCUGAAGGCUCCCUUCUUGGAGCAAUUCACGGAUGAUUGGGAGACUCGUUGGAAGCCUUCCCAUGCCAAGAAGGACAUGAAGGGCGCCGAUAACGUUGAGGAAGAAUGGGCCUACGUAGGCGAAUGGUCUGUGGAAGAGCCACAUGUAUACAAGGGCAUGGAAGGCGAUAAGGGUCUUGUGGUCAAGAACGCCGCUGCCCACCACGCCAUCUCAGCCAAGUUCCCCAAGAAGAUUGACAACAAGGGUAAGACCUUGGUCGUUCAAUACGAAGUCAAGCUUCAGAACGGUCUCGAAUGUGGUGGUGCCUACCUCAAGCUCCUCCGCGACACCAAGGCUCUCCACCAGGAUGAGUUCGCCAACACUACCCCCUAUGUCAUCAUGUUCGGUCCCGACAAAUGUGGCCACACCAACAAGGUUCACUUCAUUUUCAACCACAAGAACCCAAAGACUGGUGAAUAUGAGGAGAAGCACCUCAACUCGCCCCCAUCGGCUCGUAUUGUCAAGACCACUGAGCUUUACACCUUGAUUGUCCACCCCAACAACACGUAUGUAAUCAAGCAGAACAACGAGCAAGUCAAGGAGGGAAGCCUUUUCGAGGACUUCAGCCCCUCUAUCAACCCUGAGAAGGAAAUUGACGACCCGAAGGACUCCAAGCCCGACACCUGGGUUGAUGAGGCCCGUAUCCCUGACCCUGAUGCCAAGAAGCCCGAGGAUUGGGAUGAGGAUGCGCCUUUCGAGAUCGUCGAUGAGGAGGCUACCAAGCCCGAGGACUGGCUUGAGGACGAGCCCCUCACCAUUCCUGACCCCGAGUCCCAGAAGCCCGAGGAUUGGGAUGACGAGGAGGAUGGCGACUGGGUUCCUCCCACUGUUCCGAACCCAAAGUGUGCUGAUGCCUCCGGCUGCGGUUCCUGGACUAAGCCAAUGAUCAAGAACCCUGAGUACAAGGGCAAGUGGACUGCACCUUACAUUGACAAUCCUGCCUACAAGGGAGUCUGGGCUCCCCGCAAGAUCAAGAACCCCGACUACUACGAGGACAAGACCCCUGCCAACUUUGAACCCAUGGGUGCUAUUGGCUUUGAGAUCUGGACCAUGCAGAACGACAUCCUUUUCGACAACAUCUACAUUGGCCACUCCGUUGAGGAUGCUGCGAAACUUGCUGAGGAGUCCUUCCUUGAGAAACACCCCCACGAGCAACUUCUCGAGCUGGCUGAGAAGCCUAAGGUGGACGAUAAGCCCAAGUCUCCAUCUGACCUGAAGUUCCUGGACGACCCGGUGCACUACAUCAAGGAGAAGACUGAUCUCUUCCUCACCAUCGCCAAGUCAGACCCCAUCCAGGCUAUGAAGUUUGUUCCCGAGGUUCCUACUGCCAUUAUUGGUCUUAUUGUCACCCUUGCGUCUGUGAUUGGCCUCGCCACCAUGGGCGGUUCAGCUCCUCCAGCGGCUAAGAAGGCUGUUGCCGAUGCCAAGGAGAAGACCAAGGAGGCCAAGGGCAAGGCUGCUGAGGCUGUCGCUACUGGUGCUGAGAACGUCAAGGCGGAGGUGAACAAGCGCUCCACGCGCAGCACCCAGUCUUAAAAAGAAAAAGGGCGACGCGGGCGCUUGAAAUGAAGGGCGCGUGACUAGUGGGAUGAUUAGGAUCCAUGAAUUCUACGAUAUGUCUGGACUUUGGUUUCGUCGAGUAUUCGUGAUUAUUGCUUCGUAUGGCGCAGCAGGUGUAUUAUAGGCAAAAUCAAUACAGUAGUAAAGUAAUUUAUCAUGGCCUUGUACGAGUAAUAUGAAUGUCCAACACAACUCAACAUAAC